AUGGAGUCUAGCCAUCGGACAUCCCCUGUUUCGGCCGCAGCCAAUGCACGGAGACUCCAGGCCUGCGAGAGAUGCUGGAAGCGCAAGCAAAAGGUCUUGACCAAUAUUUGUGAUAGACAAUUGCCGGCAUGCACGACCUGUGUGGAAGCUGAUGCGCAAUGUGCCCCCCGGCGCGUUCCUAUCGGGCCCACUACAGAAGAGGGCAGUGGCCUCUCGCAUGCUGCCGUACCAAACUAUGUGGAAACUCUCAAGAGAAAAAGGGAUGAGCUAGAUGCGCAGUUUCGACAGCAAAGGGCACGUCGAGAAAGGGAUGGCCCAGGAGACUCGAAUCAGACACCGUCAACGGCUCCCACCAGCUUCAGUGAGCGGUCGGUACAGGCUGCAAUGGGGGAGAUUGGAUUCUUGUCCCGCAAUGCGAUGGCAGAGCCACGCGACGAAUCUCGUGGAUUCCCUCAAGAAUUAGCCACAGGAAGUAUGGUGAAAGCCGCCUUGGUAAUUUCAGGCGAGGAUCCAUCACAGUCUCAAGAUUUGUGCCAUCAUCGACGAACAUUCGUGACCAUGAUGGGGCCUGCGACGGGGAUCAGCAAAGAGUUUGCCGCACCUUACAUGAACCGUUUCCUCGACCACAUCGGGGUGAUGUUUCUUCAUAUCGACCGGGGCAAGUUACAGGGUGAAUUUGACAGCUGCUUUGAGGCCCGUAGAGGGCAGUCGAGUGCUACAAAGGGCCUCAAUUCAAGGACCGCGUUCUUGGAGUUCAGAGUCUACAUGGCUGUGGCCAUUGGAAUGUUACUUUCACCCGAGCCUGGCAGCGAGCUAUUGGCGACUGGUUUGCAUGCAGCAGCGACGGAGAGAUUUACUGUUAUUAUAGAGCAGGGGGACUGUGUGAAGACCCUAUAUUGUUUGUGGUCAUUGGUUUUGUAUUCUAUGUUCAGUUCGCUCGGAGGAUCCACUUGGCACCUGGUGGGAUUGGCAAUGCAAAAAUGCAUCUCGUUUAGAUUGCACCGGGAGUUGUACUCAGACUCCGACACGAGUCAAGAAGAACUGAACAGCAGGCGCAGCAUCUUCUGGGCCCUUUAUACAAUAGCUGAGUUUGACUUUGGUUGCCAUAUCAUCAUGCAUGCUCGACUUAUGUCCAGUGUGCGGAGCUCUUCUUCCCGAGGGCGUUUGUACCACUACCGCAACCUAAGCUACUGGCGAGAUUUACCAAAGUCAGUAAAGGACUUUGCUUCUGGCGACAGUGCCCUCUCCGUCUCGAUAGAGCAGCUCACCUGCAGAGCGUUGACCCAGAUUGCAUUAUUGACCCGAGGCACACAAUCCAGUGGUGGCAUAGUGGGAGACACACGAGCAGUUGAACACGACGUCGUCGAUGGCUGCCAAGCGUAUAUAAAUGAUGCAUACUAUUACUCCGAACAAGGAAAGUUUGUAGCAUCAUUCAUCGACGGGUUCGACCUCUUCGUGGCGGGUGUACUUGUCAUUUGUCUUCCUUCCUUGUCGGCCCUGGCAGGGCCUCCACGGGAAACAGCUAUUAUUAGCAAAUGUACAGCCCUAUUGACGACAAUUGGGGAGCGGUUUCAAUCACUCAAGGUGCUCAGGAAACUGCUCCUAGCUCUAUCGAGUGUGGCUGCGCAAGGAGCAUACCACGACCCGUAUACCGCAAAUAUGGCCCCCGGAAUUACAGAACCCUCAUCAUCCACAGGUCCUUCGACUGCUGGAUCCAAGCCUACCGUCUACGUUCUUGACACCUUCCCUCCCAAGGCCAUCGAGUACGCUAAGACCUUGUUCGAUCUUGUUCAGCCCCAGGAUGAAGAAUUCAAGAACUGGCGGCAAAAUGCAAGAGCGCUGUUAGUGCGAAGCUCGUAUGUUACGGCUGAUGACAUCGCGAGCUGCCCGAAUUUAAUUGCCAUCGGUAAGCACGGCGUGGGAAUCGACAAGAUCAAUCAGGAUGCUUGUGCACAACGGGGUAUCAAGAUCCUCAACACCCCGGGUGCCAAUGCGCGAGACGUUGCGGAGCUGGUCGUCACACUGGCCUUGUCGGUUGCUAGGGGGAUUCGGUCCAUCACAUCCCGGCAAAUGCUGAAGCCCGUCCCGAAGGAGACCUGCAAUGGGUUGGCUUUGUACCAGAAGACGAUCGGCAUCAUCGGUAUGGGGAACAUCGGACGCACAGUGGCGGAGAUCUUCCGUGGUGGCUUCGACGCAAACAUUGUAGCUUACGACGCGUACAUGCCCGAGGAUGUAUGGUCCCAUAUCCCACAUACCAGGGCAAAGAGCGUCGAUGAGGUGCUUGCCCAGGCAGACGUGCUCUCUAUCCACGUCCCCCUUACCACAGAGACUCGGGGCAUGAUCUCCUACCAGCAAAUUCGAGCAAUGAAGCCCGACGCAAUUCUCAUCAAUGCCGCUCGAGGUGGUAUUGUCAACGAGGCCGACCUCACCAAGGCAUUAUCGGAAGGGUAUCUGUGGGGCGCAGGACUGGAUUGUCAUGAGCAAGAGCCACCCAGCCAUGAGAAGUACGAGGCCCUUUGGAAGAAUUUGAAUGUCAUUAGCACACCACACAUUGGCGCUGCCACUUCAAGAGCACAAUUGGCCUGUGCGACGGCAGCAGUGGAUAACCUGUAUCAAUAUCUGUCAAGACUAAUUCAAUUCAUUGAUAUUUAUGAUCUAUAUCUUGGCUUGUUUCACCCUUUUCGAUACUGGCACUCCCCUACAGUGCCAUUGCACACAUUGCACAUUGCCUUUGAGACUAUCUGUGAUAAACAAUGUUUUCCCAUCCGGGCCACCAAAGGUACAGUUCGUCAGAUUCUUUCCACCACCUGGCGCUGUUACAAUGCUGGCCUUGGGGACACCGUCCGCAUCCACGACAAACACCGAACCGAGGCUGGGAUGGCAGAUGAAUACAUUCCCCUCUUCGUCCACGGCAAGUCCGUCAGUCGCCAGACGGCAUUGGACCGAGUCAUGGCCACGUACAAAAACCGCUCAUCGGGCGAGAGGGCCAGGCCAUUCGGGGAAAUUCCGUUGGAGACCAGGCAGUCAAGCUUGCCCAAGAAGAAAAUGUCAGACACUGGAAGAGCUGACCCGCUGCGCCACUCAGUGGGCUGGCCGGUGCACCUGAGGGAGUCGGGAAUGCAUCCGCACAUCAUGGGACUUAUCGCCGAUGCAAAAAGGGCUAUGCAAGAUGCUCCCAAAGAAGUUUUCAAUGCUUAUGUCUUGAUGUGUACAUGUUUCUUCGCUCUUUCUGGCGAUGAGUAUGCCAAUACAAAGGGGUGGCUAGUAUCUAUAGCCACGGCUGGAGCAGUCUUUGGGUGUCUUGGGUGCUCCCCUAUUAACGAUCGCUUUGGUCGACGUUGGACGCUGCGCAUUGCUACAGUCAUCUAUAUCGCUGGCGUCUUGGGCCAAGGGCUUUGCGGUGGAAACCUCUCCGGCCUUUAUGCAUCCAGAUUCAUUGCAGGUUUGGGAAUUGGCCCGUUGUCAAUUGUUCCUCCAGUCUAUAUUACUGAGAUCUCGCCCAAAGCUAUUCGCGGUCUUCUUACCGUCCUGUUCGCGGCGUGCCAGCAGCUAGGUGUAGUAUUGGGAUUUUUCAUCAACUACGGAGUGACGAAACAGUAUCCAGGCGUUGACGAGCAAUGGAUGCUCCCCACUCUCCUUCAGAUUGUCCCCGCUGUGGUCUGGGGACUCGGAACUUUCUUAUGCUCGGAGUCUCCUCGAUGGCUUCUAUACAAGGGCCAACGAGAACAAGCAGCAGAGACCAUGUCCAAGCUUCGCCACUUGCCUCGCGAUCACUCCGUGAUCCUGUCUGAACUAGCCGGUAUGGAUGCUCAGAUAUUGCAUGAAACAGAGGCAGUCAGUAAUGCGACCGUAUGGGACCUACUGAAGGAGACCUUUGUCCCUGUCGAGAACCGCCGUCGCUUCUUCUUGAUAUUUAUGGCGACGCUUUUCUCUCAAUGGUCUGGGGCCAACGCCAUUACCCAAUAUUCACCCCAAAUCUUUGGGUACCUAGGUAUCGACGGUGAUGAGGCCAAAUUCCUGGCAACUGGAAUAUACGGGGUGGUGAAGUUCGUGAGCACGGUGUGCUUUGCGUUGUUCAUUGUAGACUUUAUCGGACGACGGCGAUCUUUGAUCACCGGAAUUUGCCUCCAACUGAUCACCUUGAUCUUUGUGGGCGCAUACCUCGGGGUCACUAGCCAUCUCUCAACCGAUGAGAUUGGUGCAACUCCCAGCGCCUCUCGCACGUCUACUGCGGCUAUCGUUGCGAUCUUCCUCCACGCGGUGGCCUGGAGUAUUGGUUGGUUCAGUAUCCCUUACCUGAUUGGUUCAGAAAUAUUUCCUAUUAGGAUUCGGUCGUUGAACAUGUCCAUUUCCAUGGCGUUUCAUUGGGCAUUUUACUUUGCAUGCUCGCGUGCUAUGCCGAGUCUCCUCGCAGCUACGCAUAAAUGGGGAGCCUUUGUGUUUUUUGGCUGUAUCUGUUUGACAUCAUUGGUUUAUGUCUUCUUUGCCAUGCCGGAUACCACAGGAAGAUCCCUCGAGGAGUUGGAUAGCCUGUUCCAGCGACCGUGGUACACCGUUUACCAGGUGGCUUACCCAUCACGCGAUGAGAUUCAAGGAGAGAGACUGGAGGACAAGCUGUCGGCCAACGGAACGUCUAAGCACAUUGAACAGGCUUAG